AUGUUUGGACGUCUUAAGCACAGGAUGUCUCGCGCUCGACUAGACGACGACGGCAAAAAGUCAUCGUCAUCCGCUUCAUCGUUGCCACCUUCUCCAACCAAGGCAGCAACAGCCUCUGCUGCUGGUUCGGUCCCUCAGACUCCGACUGCUACGGCACCCGAAGCUUCCACGCCCUCAUCCUCGACCCAACCUGAGUCUCCCGUCGCUUCGGCCCCCAGCAGCACUUCUCCUCCGAGUACGACACCUACCACACCAGCUUCCAACACAACCCCUGCAAGCGAGAUCCAAAACAACAUCGACUCGCAAGGUCACGAUUUCACCACCAAUGGUGCGGUCGUCCCUCGUGUCAACCUCGCCUACUUUACAAACUGGGGUAUCUACGGUCGCAAGUACUCUCCUCUGGACGUUCCUUACUGCAACCUGACGCACGUUCUCUACGCUUUCGCCGACGUCAACCCCGACACCGGCGAGUGCUUCCUCACCGAUCUCUGGGCCGACGAGCAAAUUCACUACACUGGCGACUCCUGGAACGAUACGGGUAACAACCUCUACGGCAACUUUAAGCAAUUCCUUUUGCUCAAGAAGAAGAACCGUGCGCUCAAGCUCAUGCUGUCCGUUGGUGGAUGGACAUUUGGUCCGCACUUUGCACCUAUGGCAGCCGACGCCAAGAAGCGAGCCAAGUUUGUCUCGACUGCCAUCACGAUUUUGGAGAACGACGGGUUGGAUGGAAUCGACAUCGACUGGGAGUAUCCCUCGGACAGCACGCAAGCUGCCAACUUUGUUCUGCUGCUCAAAGAGCUUCGUGCCGGCUUGACUGCACACCAGGCCAAGAAGAACGAGACCAACCCGUACCUACUGUCCAUCGCUGCGCCCUGUGGACCUGACCAUUACAAGGUGCUCCAAGUAGCCAAGAUGGACCAGUACCUGGAUUUCUGGAACCUCAUGGCGUACGAUUUCGCCGGUUCGUGGUCCGCACUCACCGGCCACCAAGCCAACCUGUGGAACAUCAAGGGUGCACCGCCUUCGGCCGACGAUUCGAUCAACUACUAUAUUGGCCAGGGCGUCGUUUCGCACAAGCUCGUUCUCGGAAUCCCGCUCUACGGCCGUGGCUUCGAAAACACGGACGGUCCACAACAGCCGUACAGGGGUACAGGGCAGGGCACGUGGGAAGCCGGCAACUGGGACUACAAGUUUUUGCCUGUCAAAGGUGCAAAGGAGAUGAUCAACACCAAGAUCGCUGCUAGUUGGAGUUACGACUCAGCCAAGCGCGAGUUCAUUAGUUACGACACACCUCAGAACGUCUUGUUGAAGUGUCAGUACAUCAGGAACAAGAGGUUGAGGGGUGCCAUGUUCUGGGAGCUGAGUGGUGACGCAACCAAGAGCCAGGGUGGUGCUGAAAGGAGUCUCAUCGCCCUCACUGCCAAGAACAUGGGCACACUCGAUGCCACUUUGAACCACAUCAGUUACCCUUUCAGCAAGUGGGACAAUGUCAAGAACGGCCUCAAGUAA